AUGACGGCGCAGGUAGACUACCUGGUGGUGGUUUUCACCGCCACAUCUGGCGCCAGCGGAGAGCUGCUGGGAUCUGACGAGAAGGAGCUCGUGCAGUUGGUUUGGCAGCUGGUGGAUGUAAAUAACAAAAAGUUGGGCAAGCUGAAUGAGCUCCUCAUUAAGCCUGACCUCUCAGACUUGACAGAGGAAAAAGAGGUGGAGGAUGUGGUGGAGGAGAGCGUGGAAGAGGAGAAUAGAUCCGGAGCAGAUAAUGUUUUCACAGCCACUAGUCUUGAGACAGCUUUGAACCUGUUUCAUCUACAAUUGACAAACGAGGUGAACAGCGCGGGCGCAGGCACGUCAGUGUGUUUGUGUAUAGACGGGCAGCUCCACAUCCGUCAAGUGAUUCACCCCGAGGCUGCGAGCAAGAACAUCCUGGUCCCAGACUGUUUCUACUCUUUCUUUGACCUUCGGAAAGAGUUCAAGAGGCACUUCCCCACAUCUGACCUCAAGGCUUUGAAUGCACACAUCAUGGCAGAGUCGCUUAGUAUACCUGCUGAUGUUCCCCCCAUGUGGGAUCCCUCAGCCACACUGGAUCCCUCAGCCACACUGGAUCCCUCAGCCACACUGGAUCCCUCAGCCACACUGGAUCCCUCAGCCACACUGGAUCCCUCAGCCAUAUUGACCUCAGAAGUAGCAGUACAGCAGGUCCAGAUUAUGGGCAGUAUUGUCCUUGCCCUGCUUUCUGAGCCAUUCAGCAACACAUUUUCUACCCAGGAGAGAGUUAAUGAGAAGUUUGAGAAUGGCACUUGCAGUAAGAUGGAGAAAGUGUGUGACAACACAGUGAUCAGAGCCAGAGGGUUGCCAUGGCAGUCUUCUGACCAGGACAUUGCUCGAUUCUUCAGAGGACUCAACAUUGCCAAAGGAGGGGCUGCAUUGUGUCUCAAUGCUCAGGGGAGGAGGAACGGAGAAGCUCUUGUUCGUUUUGUCAGUGAAGAACACAGAGACCUGGCGCUGCAGAGACACAAACACCACAUGGGCAACAGAUACAUAGAGGUUUACAAAGCAUCCGGAGAGGACUUCCUGAAGAUAGCAGGAGGUACCUCCAAUGAGGUAGCAAUGUUCCUGUCCAGGGAGGACCAGAUCAUAGUGAGGAUGCGAGGUCUUCCCUUCAUCGCCACACACGAGCAGGUGCUCACCUUCUUCUCCCCGGGGGAGGAACUUAAAGAGGCGUGUCCGGUCAGCGGAGGAAAGGAUGGCAUCCUUUUUGUUCGCUAUCCAGACGGGCGUCCCACGGGCGAUGCCUUUGUUUUAUUUGCAUGCGAGGAACACGCCCAGUGUGCUCUGAGGAAACACAAAGAAAUCUUGGGGAGAAGAUAUAUUGAGCUGUUCAAAAGUACGGCAGCAGAGGUCCAACAGGUGUUAAACCGGUACUCUUCGGCCCCUCUGAUCGCUGUGGCCCCUGCCCCCUUGGUGUCAAUGCUGCCCUCAGUGUCUCUCCUGCCCCCUCCUGGGGGUGUUCGUGACUGCCUGAGGCUGAGGGGGCUGCCAUACACAGCGAGCAUAGAGGACAUCCUCACCUUCCUGGGCGAGUUUACACACGAUAUCAGACCACAUGGCGUGCACAUGGUCCUCAACCAGCAGGGUCGUCCAUCAGGUGACUGCUUUAUCCAGAUGACCUCUGCAGAGCGGGCUAUUCAGGCCUCACAGCGGCUGCACAAGCACAUCAUGUCCAGCCAGCGUGGAGCCAACAGCCGCUACGUGGAGGUGUUCCCCUGCAGCGCCGAGGAGAUGGGCCUGGUCCUGAUGGGAGGCUCGCUCUCACACACACAUACACACACACACAACCGGAACAGGAGUGGGACAGGGCUCAGCCCGCCGCCAUGUAAGUCCAGACGUUUAUCUCCAUCACCCUACUCCUUCGCCCCCGCUCCUCCUGUCAUGUCUCCAGAGGCGGCUGCUGCCCUCUACCCUCCCAUUGGUCAGGUGUUGCUGGCCCCCCGCCCCCUGCCACCAGGACAUGCCUACUACCCUGCCUCAGCUCAGCUAUACAUGAACUACGCAGCCUACUACCCGAGUCCACCUGGCUCACCCAACACCUUAGGUUUCUUCCCCUCCCCCUCCUCCCUCUCCUCCCAGGGGGGGUUGAUGCGCAUGCCAGCUCUGACAUACAACAGCAGCGGAGUCAAAGACCUCAUUAAUGCAGUGCAGGGAUACCAGAGUCCCGCGGAGUCCAUGUCUCUCCUGAGCAGCAGUCUGAUUGGUCAGUCCAGCGGAGGAGAUGCUUCUCUCAUGUCCCUCCCCGCUCUCAUGAACAAGCCGGCGGGGCAGUACCUGGACCUGACCCUGCUGUAGAGUCACAAAUAUACAAAGGUCAUGUGACAAUUUUUAUGUCAAAGACUUGUAAUGUAUUGUUAGGUUUUUAAAAAAAAUAGUCUUUUAGAUGUGUUAUUUAUAUCUUUAAGAUCAUAAAUUAAUGUAUUUUAUACCAAAAUCAUUGUGGCCUUAGCCAAAAAAAUAG